AUCUGGCUGCGCCAGGCCGGCAGUUUCUUCUCUGCUGCCGGAAGGAGGCGAGGGUGGGCCGCUGGGGCCAAGAUCAUGCCUGACAGGGAGAGGUUUCUUGGGCAGCACAGGACGCUGGGCUUGGGAUGAAGGAAGCGGGGCAGAUGCAAAGUCUUGAGAGCGCGGAGGCCAGGCGGUCAGUCAGCACGCAGACCGGCAGCAUGACCGGUCAAAUACCAAGACUUUCUAAAGUCAAUUUAUUCACUCUGCUCAGUCUCUGGAUGGAGCUCUUCCCAGCAGAAGCCCAAAGGCAAAAGUCUCAGAAAAAUAAAGAAGGAAAGCAUGGAUCCUUAGGAGAUAAUGAAGAAGUAGCCAGACUAUCUCCUGACAAAAAACAGGUGAAGAGAACUGGUCUUGUGGUGGUGAAAAACAUGAAAAUUGUUGGUCUCCAUUGUUCUAGUGAAGACUUACAUGCUGGGCAAAUUGCCGUUAUUAAACAUGGGUCAAAGUUGAAAAACUGUGAUCUUUAUUUUUCCAGAAAACCAUGUUCUGCUUGUUUGAAAAUGAUUGUAAAUGCUGGAGUUAACCGAAUUUCAUAUUGGCCUGCUGAUCCAGAAAUAAGUUUGCUUACUGAGGCUUCUAGCUCGGAAGAUGCAAAGUUAGAUGCCAAAGCAGUGGAAAGAUUGAAGUCAAACAGUCGGGCCCAUGUGUGUGUCUUACUUCAGCCUUUGGUGUGUUAUAUGGUGCAGUUUGUAGAGGAGACCUCGUACAAAUGUGACUUUAUUCAAAAAAUUGCAAAAAUACUGCCAGAUGCUAACAUUGACUUUUAUUCUGAAUGUAAACAAGAAAGAAUAAAAGAAUAUGAAAUGUUAUUUUUGGUUUCGAAUGAAGAUAUGCAUAAGCAAAUACUGAUGACUAUGGGUUUGGAGAACCUGUGUGAAAAUCCCUACUUUAGCAAUCUAAGGCAAAACAUGAAAGACCUUGUCCUACUUUUGGCCACAGUAGCUUCCAGUGUGCCCAACUAUAAACACUUCGGAUUUUACUGUAGCAAUCCAGAACAGAUUAAUGAAACUCACAAUCAAAGUUUGCCACAAGAAAUUGCAAGGCACUGCAUGGUUCAGGCCAGGUUAUUGGCAUAUCGCACUGAGGAUCAUAAAACAGGAGUUGGAGCAGUCAUCUGGGCAGAAAGGAAAUCUAAAAGUUGUGAUGGAACAGGUGCUAUGUACUUCAUAGGAUGUGGUUAUAAUGCUUUUCCUGUUGGAUCGGAGUAUGCUGACUUCCCACACAUGGAUGACAAGCAGAAAGACAGAGAAAUCAGGAAAUUCAGAUAUAUUAUACAUGCAGAACAGAAUGCCUUGACAUUUAGGUGUCAAGAAAUAAAACCAGAAGAAAGAACUAUGAUUUUUGUGACAAAGUGCCCAUGUGAUGAAUGUGUACCUUUAAUUAAGGGUGCAGGCAUAAAACAAAUCUAUGCAGGGGACGUAGAUGUUGGAAAAAAGAAAGCAGAUAUCUCCUACAUGAGGUUCGGGGAACUUGAGGGUGUGAGCAAAUUUACCUGGCAACUGAAUCCAUCAGGAGCUUAUGGUCUUGAACAAAACGAGCCUGGAAGGAGAGAAAACGGAGUGCUGAGCACCACGCCUCUGAGUGAAGAGCGGCAUCCAAACAAGAAGCUGUGUCUCGGGAACCACUGAGAAGGCUGCCUGCUCGGGAGCGAAGGCCUCCGGAAAUUUCUGUUGCACUUCUAAAAUUCAGCCUUGUUAACUCAGAAAAUAAGGGUGGAUUUUGUGAAUAAUUGAAAAGCUUUUUUAAGGACACUAAUUUAUUUCUAGAAUAUGAAUGAUGUUAA